GUUUUUGAAAAUAAGGAUGAAAUGUAUUCUUUAGUUAAGCUAUUGAAAAUAGAUGAAUCUUGGAUUGGAUUGUGCAAGAAAGGUGAACGUUUCUACUGGGAGAACGGCACUGCUUUGAACAUGAACUUGAAGAAGUGACCUUGAGAUGGAGAAUGAAGAGGGUUACGCAGAACUGAAUUUCAAAGCAAGGAAGAAAAACUCCAAUGCAGAAUUUUCCUCCAAUUCUUCAGCCUUGCGGUAUCUUGCUGCACUCUCAGGAUUUCUGAAUCUUAUAUUUCUGGGAGCUGUGAUUGCAUUAUUUCAGCAAUGUGACUUGCCAUCAAGUAAUGUGUGGAAGUCCAGAGAAAAUAUUUCUGAAAGUGGCAAUAUCUCAGGGGAAGAUCUCCAUGAAAACAACUUACUGACUGCAUUAAAGGAGAGUUUAUGCAUGAAUACAAAUGACUCCAGAUGUGAGCUCUGCCCCAUUGGUUGGAAGCUGCAUUAUGGGAGAUGUUAUUACUACUCAGAAAGAAGUGACACCUGGGAGAAUAGUAGAAAGUAUUGCCUAGGAAGAAAAUCUGAGCUCCUGAUUAUAGAAAAUGAGACUGAAAUGGAUUUCUUAAAUAAACUGAAGGAUAAAGACAUUGGCUUUGUCUGGACUGGAUUAAGUUUCAAUGAAGACGAAGGAAAAUGGUUAUGGCUCAAUGAUCCCAAACAUCUAGGGCACAGUUUUACAAUAAAAGGAAGGAAGAAAGAAGAAAAAUGUGCUGCCUAUAAGCUGACAAAAAUGCAUGCUGAUAACUGCCACUCCCUAUACAGGUGGAUUUGCAGAAAGAAUGCAGUGUUUCUGCAGGUCUAAGAUGUUUUAAAGUGAGAGAGUAGGUUCUUUUAAGAUUUAUAGCAUUUUACAGUGGGUAGGAUAUCUGAUGUAAAAUUAAGGGGAAAUUAUUGACCUGAAUUCUGUUAUUCUAUUUGUGAUUAAAAUCCAGGAAGAUUUCAGGCUUGUUUCUCUCUUCUUUUCCAGAUGAAGGUAUAAAAUCUAUGUCUUUGUGCACACUGAUGCAUGGCCCCUUAGAGCUACAAAAACAAGUAGCCUACCAACUUUAAGUUUAAGGAGUUUAAGAAGACUAAGAGUUGUAUAAACCAUAGGUAAAAUGAGGGUUUUGUACCAGCCUGGCAAAUAGAUCAUACAGCAGACCCAAAGUUGCUACUGCUUCUUAUUUUAGAUGAAGAGAUUAUAAUUAGUACUAUGCACUUAAAUGUGCCUGCAUAUCUUACCUCUGGAGGACCAACAUAGGAAGUCAGCAUGACUCUGUGAAAGAGCAAGCCAAAAUCUUGUAUAUUUUCAAAAAAAUGGUUUCAUGUACUUCAUUCAGUGCUGCAGAAUUUGAAACUUAAAAAUACCAUAAAUACCUCUUGAAUUUGGAUGUGAGAUUCAGUUGUCUGUCUUUGUUCUACUAGUGCACUAGAAAUGGCAAAAUCACAUUUAUGGGGCUACAGGGCUGUAAUCUAUUGAUAGUCCACUGACAGACAAUUUUUACAAAUCAGAUUUUUGUUUGUUUGUUUGUUUAAUUUUGCAACCCUCCUACAUCUCAAGGCUACUGAUCAUGAUGGGGCAGUGGAUCUCAGAGAAAUUUGCUCUUUUCUCUCUGCUCUAACCUUAAGAUAACUUGUACAGGUCUGAGAGUAACCUGUAGUUCUUCAUUGUUAGUAUAACAUACUAAGCAGUUUAGUAGCCAGGAGAAAUCAGUGUAAUGAUUAAAAUGAUGACUCUAACAUGUAAAGCCAAGUUCCAAAUUGCUGUAGUUGUGGGAGAUCACUCUAAGAGGCUCUUCCACCAGCAAUGCUGCAUUUUGGAUUCCAGUAGCAAUGUGGGUUCUUUGGUUGUUUACUAAAUAUCCAGUAACCUCUCCCUUUAUGGCUUUUGAGCAACAUGUCAGGCUUUAGGUGUAAGAGUAGGAUUCUGUAACAUUUCUGGCAAUUAUUUGAAAAUCGUUGAAAAUUGCUUAGCAAUGCCUAAAUGUAUUGAGCCUAACAGCAUACAAUUGCAAUGAUUUCUGUGAGCUGGGUAUUUCUUCUGUGGGUAUGAUGUAAAUAAAACCACAUCCUUUACCGGUGUUACUUUACAUACACAUCUAUUAUCAGAUAAAUUAUACACAGAUUAUAUACAACAAUUUGUGUACACGUGCUGUACACAAUAUUGUUAUACAUA